AUGACUAGCACUGAUGCGCCUGUACCACCAGCCACGAGCGCGAAGCCAAAGGUAAACAAGCCGACAUCCCUCAUCCCAGGCGCGGGCUCCGCUGAAGCACCCGUCAUCCGCAAAGCUCCCUCCUCCGGCUCUCCUUUCGGUGCCCUCCUCUCGCGCACCCUCCCCGAGUACAGCGGGCCCUACGAAGUCGGCGUCAUCGACGUCGAGGUCCCCGUCACCCGCCAGACCUUUGGCAAUUUCAUCCACCGCAACCUCAAGCGUCGCCAUGCCGAGAACGACCCUACCCUCAAGGGCCAGCGCGGGCUCGUCAUGGAUACUGUUAUGUUCAGCUUGUUCUACCCCGCUGACGCGCACGGAGGCAAGCGCAAACACGACAGAGUCGUUUGGUUUCCGAGACUCGGCCAGACGAUAGACGGCUUCCUCCAAAUGGCGAAGCGCACACCAAACAACUGGUAUCGCGCCUUUACGUGGCCUAUGGCGGCGGCUGCUAUCUGGGGCACAACCUUCCCCGCACACAAAGACGCGCCUCUCCUCCGCCCACCCGCCGCCUCACCGCCCAAGCCUGCAGACAGCAGCACCUCCAACCCGCCAACACCCGAGAAUCGCGGCAAAUGGCCGCUCGUCAUCUUCAGUCAUGGCGUCGGCUGCUCACGCCUGAUGUACUCCCAAAUCUGCGGCGAGCUCGCAAGCCGUGGGUACGUCGUCGCCGCACUCGAGCACCGCGACGGCACGAGCCCGAGCAGCAAGAUCACGGACGACAAGGGCAACACGAAGAACGUCGAUUGGCUCGAGUGGUCCGACCUUGAGUGGCCCGACUUGGAAACUCAGCCGACGGACGACACCACGCUCCGAGGCGCACAGCUGGACUUGCGUGCGGCGGAGAUCAGUGAGGCGAUACGUGUUGUGGGUCGGAUGGCGUCCGGAGAGGAUAUCAUACGGUAUUCCGAUCCGAUACAAGCCCCUGGUGUUACAACCGCGCAGGCCUUUGACUGGAAACGCUGGGAUGAUGCUGUGGAUUUCGAGACGCCCGUCAUGGCGGGUCACAGUCUAGGAGGGACAGCUGCGCUCGUUGUCUCAGCACGAAACGAGUUCAACUUCGACGGUAUUAUAGUGUUCGACCCUGCAACACAACGCGUCGCGCCGUGGCAAGGAACAAUCCCGCAUCCUCUACUAGUCGUCAACUCGGAAGAGUUCGCCGUCGGGCGCGAAUAUGCCAUCUUCAAAGAGCAAGUUGCGCGCACCGUCAAGGACCCGCCGCACGUAUACACUAUCCCGGGCGCGACGCACCCGUCAUUCUCGGACGUCUUCCUCAUCCUCCCGCAGCGGAUUAGCGAGCUAACAGGCCUGAAGGUCUCUGCAAAGAAGGUGAUGGAGCUGGCGCUUGGCGCAGUGGGGGACUUCCUGCGAGGCGAGGGAUACAAGACGAUGAAGCGCGCGGUGGUGGGACGCAGCGGCAACCAGGGGAAAGGCGCGCGAGACACCGCUCCCGCCGCAGCAAGCAAGGAGGGCGAGGAGCCCGUAGGGAGGAAAGCGACGCAGGCGUGGGAGGCGGAGAAGGCGCGCCUGGCAGCGGGGCAGGAGGUUGUUGGCCAGGGCGGCGCGGCGUGGCAGGGCCUGGUGGGCAAGGGCGCGAUCGCGUCGGACGCGCUGAUGAAGCAGGGAGAGGUCCUCGGGCAGAACCCUGCUGGAGAAAAUGUGGGUGGUGAUGGGUUGCCGAGGAGGCCAGUGGGGAGGGUGGGGGAGUUGGUGUGGCAUCCGUACCAUUGA